AAGAGCUUCUUAAACAUAACAGAAUAAACGGUGUAGGAUAGAACAGGGCUGAUUGCCACCUCUUUUUGCCGAAAAACACCAUCUCAAAUAACAAAAGGUAGGGAAAUACCUGAUUUUUAGCAUUUUUUUUAAUUUCCCCCCGACACCGAUUUGCCUCUAUUACACGAAAUGCACCCCAGCCAGCAGCCCAAGGCAGGAGUGUUCCCAGCCAGAGCUGUUAUUUUCCCUAAGCCGAGGCUGAGCUGCACAAAGUGCUGACUCAGGUGCCCACUGCGAAGUGGGUUUCCCGUGUGGUGGGUGGGGAGAGCCCACGCUCUGCUCCUUGCCAUCCCUGGCAUCCCCGCUCUCCUCCUUCCCAUCCCCAUCCAGCCUCCCGCAAUCAAGCGGGGGAGCUCUUGGAGAUGCUGCCUUUUUUAUUUUUUUGAAUGACUUCUACAGAUCCAGCCCCGCAGGGGAGAAAUAGUAGCGGUUUGCAUGUGUAAUGGGGAAGGAAAGCAGCAGAGGGAAAAGAACUGUUCCAAACCUUCGGUGGUUUGCAGACAGGUACAAACCACGACGUAUUUCCCAGCAGGCAAACUUCUGCUCGAAAAAAAACAGUCCCCACACCCCUGCUUUGCAUGCAGCUGAGAUUUUCAAGGUGAACCGCUGUUUUUCCUUUAGGUUUGGGUUUGCCCCUUCCCCCAAAAACCCCCUGAGGCUUCACAAGCAAACCCGCAACAAAGCAGCUACGACUCCCGAAGGAGAAAGGAUCAUCAGCAUCUAAAAGCAAUCUUCGUAGUCUUUUUUAUUUCAAUGUUUAUGAUGCUGCUAUUUUUAAAUUCACAACUGCCUGCUAAUUUUUGCUGUUAAGCCGAGGCUGACACUAAGCCUGGCAGCAAAGCCGAGCCGCAAGUGACUUCAGCUCAGCAGUUGUGCAGCGCCAGGGCGCCGCGGUCCUUGCAGCCCGGCAGCAGCAGCAGCGAUGCGGCGCCGUCCAUCCCCACACACCCUUGGCAGGCAGGCGUUGCCCUUUUAAGAAGCCUGGGUGCUGGCUCAGGUAGGCAGAGCCUGCGUGCAGUAGUCGCUCCUAUGGCAACCCAAUAGAACGGGAUCGCUUCAUGAAUAUUCCCAGGAGCUGGGGCUGCAUGAGGAAUAAGUGAUGACAGUGAUGUAAGCAAGCGGUGGCUGCUGCAGGUUGCAGUUCAUUGUGUUAUUGGCCGGCAGGUUGAGGAGUUUGGAGACAACCGGGCUUGAGCUUGAGCUUGGCUUUCCGGAUGAUGUCUGCCCGCCGGGAGAUCCAGCACAUUUGCAUCUCGAAGCCAACAUGGCAAGGCGGCUGCUGCCGCUGCUGCCGCCCUCCCUCGCCUUCCAGCCAGAAGUGUGUGGCUCUCCUCUAGACUUCUUGCCCGGUGCGCUGGAUUGGAGCAGACAGGGAUUGCAGUAACACUCACCAAGGGGCGACAAGCAGCAAGUAGCCAAAUCGGGACAACAGAGGAAGGGGGGGGCUUUUUUGCCUUCCUUCUUUUUAUUUUUCUUUCUCCUUCUCUUCUGGAUGCAGAGCCUGUGGAUACCACAGUCUGGUAAGGAGAUGACACGCCAGUCUGUGGUCCUUUCAGCCCCUUGAGCUGGGGGCAGGGGCCUGGGGGCAGUGACAGUUCCCCUCGUUGGGCAGAGCGGGGGGGGGUCUCUCCUUCUAACUGAGCAGCAGCAGCAGCAGCACCGGCCAUGGACAAGCUGCCCCCCUCCAUGCGCAAGAGGCUGUACAGCCUGCCCCAGCAGAUAGGACCCAAGGCGUCGAUCAUGGACGAGGAGGAAGACAGCGACAAGGACACCCGGAGGAAAAGCAUCAGGCUGAAGCCGCUGCCCUCGCCCUCUGCUGGGAGCACCCGGGCGCUCGGGGGAGACCCCGGCAGAGGUGGGGACCCCGGCCUCCUGGAGACGGAAGCCGGCAGCAAGAGUGCCAAGACCAGCACCAAUGGGGACUGCCGCCGCUUCAAAGGGAGCCUGUCCUCGCUGACCAGCAGGCACCUCCACGACGCGGCCGAGGAGAAGAGGCUGAUCGGUGGGGAAGGGGAGCCGGCGUCCCCCUGCGAGGACAAAAGCCCCCCCGGCAGCGGGGAGCUGGAGCAGGGACUGCCAGCGUCCCCACCGCCGGCGUCCCCACCGGAGCCCCAGCAGCAGCCCCCCAGGGCUUCCUCCUCUACCUCCAUCAAAGUGGAAGGAGGUGGAGGAUGCGACCAGAUCACCCCAGAUGAGGAGCAGAGGCUGGGCCAAACCGGUUUCAUUCAGAGGCAGUUCGGGGCCAUGCUCCAGCCGGGGGUCAACAAAUUCUCCUUGAGGAUGUUUGGCAGCCAGAAGGCCGUGGAGAGGGAGCAGGAAAGGGUUAAGUCUGCCGGGUUCUGGAUCAUCCAUCCCUACAGCGACUUCAGGUUUUACUGGGAUUUGACCAUGCUGCUCCUGAUGGUAGGGAACCUGAUCAUCAUCCCUGUGGGCAUCACUUUCUUCAAGGAUGAAAACACCACCCCGUGGAUUGUCUUCAAUGUGGUUUCGGACACGUUCUUCCUCAUCGACCUUGUCCUCAACUUCCGAACAGGCAUUGUGGUGGAGGACAACACCGAGAUCAUCCUAGACCCGCAGAGGAUCAAGAUGAAGUACCUGAAGAGCUGGUUUGUGGUGGAUUUUAUCUCCUCCAUCCCCGUGGACUAUAUCUUCCUGAUUGUUGAGACCCGCAUUGAUUCGGAGGUGUACAAGACAGCCCGGGCGCUGCGCAUCGUGCGCUUCACCAAGAUCCUCAGCCUCCUGCGACUGCUGCGGCUCUCCCGGCUCAUCCGCUAUAUUCACCAGUGGGAGGAGAUCUUCCACAUGACCUAUGAUCUGGCCAGCGCGGUGGUGCGGAUCGUGAACCUGAUCGGGAUGAUGCUGCUGUUGUGUCACUGGGACGGCUGCCUCCAGUUCCUCGUGCCCAUGCUGCAGGACUUCCCCGACGACUGCUGGGUGUCCCUCAACCGCAUGGUGAACGACUCCUGGGGGAAGCAGUAUUCCUACGCGCUGUUCAAGGCCAUGAGUCACAUGCUGUGCAUCGGGUACGGGCAGCAGGCGCCCAUGGGCAUGUCCGACGUGUGGCUCACCAUGCUGAGCAUGAUUGUUGGCGCCACCUGCUAUGCCAUGUUCAUUGGCCACGCCACAGCCCUCAUCCAGUCGCUGGACUCCUCGCGGCGUCAGUAUCAGGAGAAGUACAAACAAGUGGAGCAGUAUAUGUCCUUCCACAAGCUCCCCGCAGACAUGCGGCAGCGCAUCCACGAUUACUACGAGCACCGCUACCAGGGGAAGAUGUUUGAUGAGGAGAGCAUCCUGGGAGAGCUCAGUGAGCCCCUCCGCGAGGAAAUCAUAAACUUCAACUGCCGGAAGCUGGUUGCCUCCAUGCCCCUCUUUGCCAAUGCAGAUCCCAACUUUGUGACGUCCAUGUUGACCAAGUUGCGGUUCGAGGUGUUUCAGCCGGGGGAUUACAUCAUCCGGGAGGGCACCAUUGGCAAGAAGAUGUACUUCAUCCAGCACGGCGUGGUGAGCGUCCUCACCAAAGGCAACAAGGAGACCAAGCUGGCAGAUGGCUCCUACUUUGGAGAAAUCUGCCUGCUGACGCGUGGCCGCCGUACAGCCAGCGUGCGAGCUGAUACUUACUGCCGCCUCUACUCCCUCUCCGUGGACAACUUCAAUGAGGUGCUGGAGGAGUAUCCCAUGAUGCGGCGAGCUUUCGAAACCGUGGCUCUUGACAGGCUGGACAGAAUUGGCAAGAAAAAUUCCAUUCUGCUGCACAAAGUCCAGCAUGACCUCAAUUCGGGCGUUUUCAACUACCAGGAGAACGAGAUCAUCCAGCAGAUUGUGCAGCACGACAGGGAGAUGGCACACUGCGCUCACAACGUCCAGGCUGCCGCUGCCGCCGCCGCCGCUGCCGCGUCCACCCCGACCCCCGUCAUCUGGACCCCACUGAUCCAGGCGCCCCUGCAAGCUGCAGCGGCCACCACUUCUGUGGCUAUAGCUCUGACCCACCACCCGCGCCUCCCCACUGCCAUCUUCCGUCCUCCGGUGUCCGUGCUGGGUUCCUUGGGCCAGCAAUCCAACCAGACUCCGAGACAGCUUAAAAGGCUGCAGUCUCUAAUCCCGUCGACAGGGCCUUCUGCCGUUGGCUCUCCCUCCAGUACUCCAUCCCAGCUGCACACCCCAGGAGCAGAAACGCCUUCGUCCUCUUCCUUCCACAUCCAACAGCUGGCAGGGUUCUCAGCUGCCGCCGGCUUAGGCCAGUUCCAGGUGGGAUCCCCUCCGGGUGGCCCGAGCCAGCCGGGUUCCAGCAGCAUGUCCUCGGUGGGACCGAGCCAGUUCCAACAUGCGCCUUCUGGGUCACCCCUGGGGACAGCUCAGCCCGUGCAGCAGCAGCAGCCGUCAGCCCUUCCCAGCGCUGGCUUUGGGCACUUCCAGCAAGCCACAACUAGCUCCCCAUCAACAUCGCUCACCCAGCUCUCAUCAAACUCACCCCCCAGUCUUCUCAACCAGUUCCAGCCUACCACAAGACCGCUGCAGGGGGGACAGUUACAGCAGCUCUCGGGUAGCGGGACUUUGGGGGGAAUGAAUCACUUCCAACCCCCUCUUUCUUCCAACUCUCCAUCCUCCAGCCUCAGCCAGCUGGCACAGGCCUCUGCUGGGCCAUCCUCAGGCCUGUGCCAGACACAUCCAAGUGCUUUAGGAUCGUUAACUGGAACGAUAGCCCAGCUCCACCAAGAACGGCCGCCCUUUGCCUCCGUGUCUCCGCUACAACAGUCUGGCGUCGCCUCUCCCUGUUACACCCCUUCCGGCCUUAGUCCUCCUAGUCAGAGCCCGGUGGCGACAAGAACUUUUCAGUGUGGCCCUUCGGGGGCCUCAGGCUCUCACGGAUCUCUGCUCCUGCCUCAGACCGCCAGCCCACCUCCGCAGAUUCUGCAGUCCAAGAGCACGCCGCCUGUGCCGCCAGGACGUCUGAACCAGGACAUCAAGUUGAUUUCUGCUUCCCAGCCAUCUUUGCCCCAGGAGCUGGCUCAGACGCUGAGCCAAAGUUCUCCUCAUUCCUCUAGAGAAUCUAUUUCCAGCUUCUCUCCUUUUCCUGGGGGAGGGACCGGACUUCUUGGGAAGCCUUGUAGCUCAAUUCCUGGGCGUGUGACUUUACCGCGUCAGAUGUCCUCAGGCUCUUUACCGCAUCCGCUGGUGUUUGGGGCCGGCGCUGCAGGCGCUCUGACUGCUGGCGGGCGGAAAGAAUCCAUAGUGCUCACAGGGGAUCUGGAACCUGUCAGAUCCAAACUGCCCUCCAAUUUGUGAGGACUCCUUCUGAGAGCUGGUUAUGUCAGCCGUGCAAUUCAGUUCCCGAUUAGACUUUCAUGAAUCAUAUUUUUUUUCCUUUUUUUUUUUUUUUCUCCCCCUCUUUUUUCUCCAUUUAUUUUAUUUAGGUUUAACUGUGAUUAGAAACAAACAAAAAACCACAUGAAAAACAACAACAAAAAAGAAGAUAACCAGGUAUUCUUAGAGCUAUAGAUUUUUGGUCACUUGAUUUUAUAGAAUAUUUUAAUACAUGAAACAAAAGGAUAUGAGCAAAUUUAAUCCAACGAGGUAACGCACAGACGAGGCGUGUGCCUGAGCUGGAACAUAUGAAUGAUCAGCCAUAGAAGCCACCAAAAAAAAGGUUUUCCUGUUGAGACAAAGAUCUGAGGUUGACGUGGGCCAUGAUAGGGACCAUCAGGUUGGGCCUGUAGCUGGUGUGUGUAGAACAGCUCUGGUUGGCCUCAGCUUGGCCUGGCUUUGCACCAGCUGUGAACCCAGCACCUGUUGAUGGGGGAAUUGGAUGGCUCACUGUGCGCAUCAGAAAGAUUCACUUGCCCCAGGUUUGCUCCUGGAUCAGCAGGUUGCAGAGGAAGCAAGAAGAGGGGCGAGUGUCAUUAAUGCAGUCCCAUCUAGGGAUUUCAGAAGGGCUGAGUUUUUGCUUGGACUCCAUCUGAAGAAGAUAAAGGUGACCAGGAGAUGGACGGGCAUGACUUGUCUCCUUCUUAUUCCACUGAUGCUCUAGUUGGGAACAAGAAACAAUCCCUUGUAAGUCCCAAGGAGGGCAGUGAAUAUCCCCUCUGUAUUAUUGUAGGCGUCACAGAUGUGGGUUGUGGGAGAAGUCCUGUCUCUGCCAGCAGAAGAGCCCAAGCUUCAGCCUCCCCGUGUUUUUUUUUACCGUGUGUGCUGCCUGCCAGGGCAAAGCGAGGGGAGGGACGGGGAUAAAGGCAGCACUUUGGCCUUCCCUCCCUCAGUUUAAUGUCUCAGUGUCCAUGGGCUGACUGCUUUGAAGACAACUGGGUAGAAAAAGAUGGAGAAGUGGGGUGCAGUCACCCCAGCCCUCUUCCUCCUUAGCCCAGGGGAGUCUGAGCUUUGAGGCACCAAGCCAAGAAUCCUCCAGAUUUGCAACUACGUUUCUACCAUUUAAAUCAGAUUAGAGCAGAAAUUCGGCCGGCCGUGGUCCAUGCUUCUCUGACGGGGGAAUUGAAAUCCUUUGCUUGAUUUCACCAGCAAUAAGCGCCUGCAUGUGGCUGGCGUUGGGCUUGUCCUGCAGCGUCACGGACACAUCUGGGGCCUGGCAGGCACGUGCAGCUGGAUUUUUCAGGCUCCCCUGAUAUAAGGCAGUCAAAGCGGGAUGGAGACGGUAAGGGGCCAUUGGGUGUGCGCAGUGCUGAGAAGCGACAGCUUUUACCUCUAGAGCAAACGUCUCCUUUUCUUUUACUUCGAUCCUUUCUUUCUCUCUCUUUUUCUUUUCCCGUAGGCCAAGAGGUGUCUCCAGCCACCUCGCUGUAAAGAGUCAGGUGCUCAAUUUUUCUAACAGGUCUUAGAAACACAUGUCCAGCCUCCCUCUGUUCCCAGCGAUCGCAGGGUCCUGGCAGCCCUCAGAGGGAAAGCCGGACUUCAUGCAGCAGUGCCAAAAAACUUCUAUUUCCACAGUAAUGAUACAGGUCCAUAAAACUCCCUCUUUUACCUCUUCCCACCCCCAACUCUCUCCCGAAACACUGGCUGACAGUCGUUUUUUAUACAGAAUUGUUUGCAAAACUCUUGACAUGUGCCUGUAUCUUGAAUGUCGCUGCAAGCAUUACUGGGCACUCCUGCUUCAACGUGCUUUGGUGGCUCAGAAUUCAGAUGUAAUCAGCUUUGGUCUUCCUUAAAGGGUCAGGGGAACUCUGGAAAUGUUUUUUCUACUAGCUACAUACAAGUAUAUAUGUGUGAGUGUGUGUGGUGGGAGGGGUGCGUGUGUGUGUCUGUGUGUGUGUGUAGAUUUUAUAUAUCUAUCUAUAUAUACACACAUGCUUUUCUAUAUAUAGUAUACAGUUAUACACAUAUGUAGUCUAUUUAUGCACAUGUGUAAGCACGCACACACACACAUAUAUAUAUAUCUCCUAGUUUUAAAAUACAUGUCAAUUUUGACCCUCCUGUAGGACUGAUUGGCAGGUGAUAAUUAUAAUCCAUAGCUCCUGCUUUUCCAAAUAUGUACAGGUUCAUCUUGAAACAGAAUCAGUUGCCGGAAUUGAAGCAGACUCAGACCCUCUCAGAUUUUCAAAGGUAUGAGGCAGUUCCUAGAAGCAAGACUCACAAUAUCCUUUUAAGUUUGAUAUUUCUUUUAGCGAUCUUUUUUUCCCCGUGUGCUUAGAGGGCCCCUAGAACGAGCAUCUCAAGAGGUUGGGAGCUGUUUGGGUCUGGGGUAUUUAAUAAAAGGAGCUGGUUUUCAAUGCCGAGCGCUCUUGGAUGACGGUCCCGUGACUGCUGCAUUGGUACUUGAAUCUCAACAAGCCCUGUGGACACUCAGACAAACGGAGGGGCACAGCAACACCCCGAGGGCUGUCUCUGGUAGACGUGCGUUCCAUCCACCAGUCUGGUGAACAUCCUUCUUCGGUUGGGUUCCUUUGCUUUGUUUUUCACGGGGAUAUUUGAUUUUCCAGUUCUUAGCAGUGCAGUAGCCAAUAUUGAGUUAUUCCGACUGGACCCCAGUCAACACUAGGCUUGUCUCAGUAGGUGGAACUAUAUUUAUUAUUAUUACUACUGUUAUUUUUUGGUUUCUUUUUUGGGGGGAAGGGAGGGAAGAGUUCUAAGGGUGGGGUUUGCAAUAUAAAACACACAAUAAAAACCUUAGUAAAUAAAAAUAUGAAAAACC